AUGUUCGCGAGGCUUCUCGGAGCGGCCGCCGCCACGGUCGGUGGCGCGGCGGUAAUUCCUGGCGCCUACGGUCCCGUUGACGAGGUCAAUGAGGCUGCCGCCCUGACCGUGCCGGCCGGCUCGCUGAAGCCGUCGCAGCUGGAGCCGCGCGUGGCCGUGCAUCACGGCGUGCCGUGCUCGACGACGCACCUUGCCUUCGACCCGCUGCAGCGACUGCUCGCCAUGGCCACGCGUGGUGCGAGCAGCGACGGGCGGUUCAAGGUGUAUGGGCGCGACGGCAUUGAAGUGCUCUUCACCUCGCCCUCCCGCGCCCACUGCAAGUUCCUUGAGAUGUCUCUGUACUCUCCUCCCUCUGCCUUCCGUGCACAGUUCAUGGUGAACCGUGGUCUGCUAGUCCUGGUGUGGGACCUGUCGCGGAAGCAGCUGGGCGCGUCUCUCAAGUGGACGGCGGACGUCACUUCUCUCGCAGUUGCCCCCAGCUCUCAUUUCAUCUAUAUAGGCGACGAGGAGGGGGCGAUGAAUGUGCUGGAGUAUACACCAAAUGACAAGCCAGGCAGAGCGGCCAAAGGCGGCAGCGACGGCCCUGCAGGCGAACUCUCCAUCAAGCCGUACCGUGUGCCCAUCACUGCCACCCUCGGCCCUCUCAUCUCCUCGAGUGCAUUGGAUGCCCCUGCCCCCCUCAUUGCGAUUCUUCCCCAGCCCUCUGCACCACAUAACAGAGUGCUACUAGCGUAUUCAAACGGCCUGCUUGUGCUGUGGGACCUGCACUACCUGCAACCAGUGGCCAUCCGGGGAGGCACUCGAGCCCAACGCACCGCCUUCCUCGAUGCAUCUGCUGCCGCCGCCGCCGCUGCUGCCGCCGCUGCAGCUGAGGCCGCCGCAGCAGAGGGGAAGAAAGGAAAGAAGGGCGGGAAAGGAGCAGGGGGAGCCGGGGGAGGAGGCGACGGGGGGAAGGGGGGCGGGGUGAUGGAUGAGAGGGAGAGGGAGAGGGCGCUAGAGGGGGAGGAUGUGGAAGGGAAGGAGGUGUGCAGCGUGUGCUGGGCUUGUCAGCAGGGGGCAGUGGCAGCAGUGGGGUAUACAGACGGAGACGUGGCCCUAUGGGGUUUCCCUGUACUAUCCAGCAGCAGCAGCACCGGUGCCACUGGCAUCACUGGCCCUGCUGCUGCUGCAGCAGCAGCAGGCGGUUCUGGCAGCAGCGGCGGCGGCGGUAGCGGAGGGGGAACGGGUGGCACUGGUGGCGGGGGGGUAGGAGAGCCUAUACCAGCCGCGCUACUAGCAGAUACGCGAGCAGAAGUGCUGGGGAGGCCGCUGAGAAAGGUGUUUGUGGCAAGGGGCAAGGCUGAGCGGUUGCCUGUGACGAUCCUGAGGUGGUGCUGUGACAGCGACUCGUGGGGGAAGAAGGCCAACAAGGGCGGAUAUGCGGGCGGCGGGCGACUGUAUGUGUUUGGGGGCGAUGUGCUGGGCGCACCAGAGACUGUCUAUGUCGUAGCACUGGGCUCUCUCCCCUCGGGCCUACCAGAGCUGUCAGGAACAAAGCUGCCGUGGUUCGGCCCAGUAGCAGACAUCCUCGUAGCACCAGACGUGCCGGCCAAGCCCCGCCCCAAGGAGGCUGGCAAGAAGCCGGGAGCAGCCCUCAUGGUGCUCACUAUCCCGGGGCAAGUGCACCUUUACGACGAGUAUGGGAUCGAGCUGUUCUUUUCUGGCCUCUCUGCUCCUCCUGCUGCUGCUGGUGCUGCUGUGGCUGGAGCAGGAGUGCCAGCGCCGGCUUCAGCAGCAGCAGCUGCUGCUGCUGAUAGUGGUGGUGGUGGUGGGGGAGGGGUGGGGGCGGGAGGAGCAGGGUUCCCGUCAUCAGGGAGUGUGGGGGCGGUGCGGCUUCCUGAGCCGAUGCUGUUUGAGUGCCCCAACUCAGUCGCCACUGCAGCCAUCAUGACCAUUGCUGAGCCCCACUCCAUCGCUGCUCAAGUGCUGCUCCGGCUGCCGCGCUCCUCAGGCUCGCGCUGUCCAGCGCACCUAUCGCACGGCACGGAGUGGCCAGUGUCCGGAGGAAGCAUGGCGGAGUCAACGGAGCUCAUAGCGGACCUGGGCCUCUGCCUCUUUGUGUCGGGCCAUCACAACGGCCUCGUGCAUAUCUCCGAUGUCUCCACGCCGCUCCUUGCGCCGCUCGUCUCCGCCAUACCCAUUGGCUUCCUGAUGGAGCCGUACGAGCCGGUGACAGCACUGGACUUCUGUCCGGCAUCCGGGCUGCUAGCAGUGGGGCAUGGAGACGGGCUGGUGCAGCUAUUUGUGCUGAGCGCCACGCCCAGCCGCGUGUGGGUGUGGACGGUGCGAGAGGCCACGGAGGUGGAUGCGCCUCUCAAGGCUGCAGAGGACGGCACUGCCAUUGACGUUCAGGACGGCUUUGUGUACAAGAAAGCGGCGGCGCAGGAGGCAGCGCCGGGGUUCCAGUGUGUGGCGCAGUUCCGAAUCCAUGCCAGCGCCAUCCGUGCCGUCGCCCUCGCCACCUCCAUUGCCCGCCUCGCUGUUGGAGACGACCGAGCAGGCGUGUCUCUCAUCGACCUCACCACCUUCAAGCUCGUCUUCCAGUACGUCAUGCCUCGCCCCUGGAACGCCCCUCCUCUCGCCAUCUCCUCCAUCUCCUUCGCGCACCUGCCCUCCGCCUUCGCUUCUGCCGGUGCCAUGAGUCUCCUCACUCCCGGAACCUCUAGAAGCUCUGCCCCUAGCAUUCCUGGUCUCGGCACCGGCGACGGCAGCAACACACCUGCGUCUUACUCCACGUCCACCCUGGGUCGGAGUGUGGACUCUACCACCUUCCCCGGGCUUCUCUCUCCCGCGUCGACCCCCUCGGAGUCGUCGUCUGGAAGGGGGGCCGGGGGGGGCGGGGGAGGGGGCGAGUGGGGCCCGGGAGGUAGCGGGGGCGGGCACGGGGUGUUUGUGGGGGCGUCGGACUCGUCGUUUGUGGUGCUGGAUGCUGUUACAGGCCAGCUGCUGCUGCGAGGCCCGGUGAAACUCCGGGAGGCUUCGCCUGCUGUCGCCAUGCUGCUGCUGGAUGCCGAUGGUUCUCCUCUGCCCCGCCUCGCUGCUCCUGUACGUCUGGACCACGUUCGAUCCUCCCGCUCUUCCCGCAAGCGACCAUUGCGCGUGCCACAGCAAGAGCAGCAGCAGCAGCAGGAGGGGGAGGAGGUGGAGGAAGGGGGGGAACGGGAGGAGGUUGGUAAGGCGCAGGUCCCAACUGAAGAUUCUGCUGUUGCUGUGUCCCCUUCUGCAACUCCCCGUGAUUCAAGGCCCGAUGGAUUGACAGCAGAGGGGCAGGAAGGCGGAGCAGAUGGAGUAAUGGGAGAAGCUAAUAGAGGGGAUGGGGAGGAGGAGGGGGGCGAGGCAGGGAAAGGGGAAGGGGGAAGCAGGGCCGAGGGAGGGGGAGAGGAGGGUAAUGGUGAUGGGCGCAAUGGAAGUGACAUGGUUUCUGAUGGCGGUCCUGACAGCAGCAGCACAGCGAGCCAACCAGCUGAAAAACAACCUGAGAACGCACCUGGUGAUGAAGACUCGAGCCAGCAGGAUAAGGCCCUUUCGGCUCCAACCACCCCAUCCUCUGACCUCCCUGCUACGCCCCAAGACCCUGAAGAUCCUUCUGCUGCCGCUGCUGCUACAGAUGCCACGCAUGACCCUGCCUCCUCUCCCAUUGCUUCGAAUACCCCGUCAGAGGCAGAUGGGGCAGACGGAGCAGCACCAGCAGCAGCACCAGCAGCAGCGCCAAAUCUGCUUCCUCUACCCCCGGCUAAGGUUGCUGCUGCUGCAGCUGCGGCGGCAGCAGCUGCUAAGGCUGCUCUGCCGGCUCCUCCUGGCCGGCAAAAGUGGCCGGGAGCUGUGGCAAGUCCAAGGGUUGGCAAAGGGGGAGGUUUGGCAGACAAGGAAAGCUCUACCCCUACUGCCGCUGGUCCUGGGGUGGCAGCAGGCGAGGGAGGAGUAGGGGGAGCGGCAGCGGCAGGGGCAGGCAAGUCGGGGAUUGGGUGGGGGCUGAAGAACCGUAUUGGCAUCCGAAUCAACGCCAAGGGUAGCUUGAGUUUCAGUGUUCACGCGCAACCAGCAGGUGGCAAAGCAGGAGCAGGGAAGGCAGGUGCUCACGAGGUGAUUGAUGGUGGAGGCAGUGAUGGGGCGGCUGCAGGUGCAGGUGCAGGUGCGGGUGCAGGUGCGGGUGCAGGUGCGGGUGCAGGUGUGGGUGUGAGUGGAUUGGAGUCUCCUGCUGUUUCACAGAGCUUUGCUGGUCCUGCUGGUGCUGGUGGUGCUGCCGCCACUGCUGCUGCAGCGGCUGCUAUCCAGGCAGUGGACUCGAAGUCAACUCCAGCUGCUGCUGCUGCUGUUCGUGGCAAUGCAGAGCUGCAGCUAGAAGCAGCAGCAGCAGCAGCAGAGGCAGAAGAAGGGGCGGUAGCGGCAGAGGAAGAGGGGGAGGAGGAGGAGGAGUUCGACCUGUAUGAGUCGCUGGAGGCACUGAGCAUACCCACAGUGGCUCCUGAAGUGCACUAUGUGCUGCUCGCUACGCGCAUGUGCCUCGCUCUCUGCGCUGCUUCCACCCUGCCUCAGGGCCUGCCGGUGAGUCUGCUGAAGAAGGUGCGGGUGUUUGAGGACGCAGAGGAGGGCGACAGGGAGGCCAGGUGGAUGGGGUCGUUUGGAGUCACGCCCUUCUUUGCGCCCGGCCUCAUGCUCCUCUCCGCUAAGGGCUGUGUGGAAGUCAGAACGCUGCCUGAUCUAGCCCCUGUGGAGUCAGGAGGAAUGCUCUCAGAGUACCUAGGCUGGUCCUUCCAGCCCUCGCAGCUCAUGCCCACCACCACCGCCAUCUCUCUCGACGCGCGCAUUGCCCUUCUGGAGGGGGAGACGGAGAUGGUGCGCAUGUCCCUCUAUGCCUACGAGAAUGCGCUUGGUCUGCCAGGAUCGCUGCCGCGCCUGCACGUGCCCACCAUCGCAUCCCCAGUCUCACAGCAUCAUCCAGCUUCAUCAGCAGCAACAGCGGCAGCGGCAGCAGCUGGGGCAGAGAAAGGUGCUCAAAUCACAGCCAACAUUGCCAAGGCCAAGCUCAAGGGUUUCCUGGGGAAUAUGAAGGCGAUGGGCAAGGCGCUGCUGCAGCUGCCAGCAGCGCCCACCAUCCACACGUCCUCUGAGCUGCUGGCCCUCUUUGCCUCCGCGCCCUUCCCUCCCUCCGAUGGCCAAGACCUGCUCUUCUCCAAGCCUCACAUGGACGAUCCUCCGGCUCCAUCACCCCACACGCCUUUGACAACGUCCACCGGACUACCCCCCCUAGUCAUCGAACCCACCACCACUGGUCCCACUCCCACGCCCUCAUCCGGAAGAUCCGCACCCACUAGCCCCGCACCCGCUGCCGACACCGGCAUAUUCAGCCUCUUCGGAUUCGGCAAACCGGCAGCAGCAGCAGCAGGGCAGGGGGAUGCGCCCCCGGUUGGCGGGUCGUGGCAGGAGAGGAAGCCGAGUGGGACCGCGGCUAUGCGAGCGGAUCUGAUGUCGGGUGGUGCACCGGCCAAAACGAGAACGGCUGAUGAGAUCAGAGCGGCCUAUGGUUACCCCAAGAGGCAGCAGGGCACGGAUGCAGCUUCAGCAGCUGCAGAUGCUCGUGAUAAGCUUAUCAUGCGGGGCGAGAAACUCAAGCAACUGGCAUCAGAUGCAGAGGAUCUCAAUGCAGGGGCUGCCGAUUUCGCCAAGCUUGCAGCCGAGAUUGCCAAGAGGCAGGAAAAGAAGUGGUGGUGA